GCAGGAGAAGACAACAGAACAAGGACGUGUGGCAACUCCAGGUCAUCCCACCGCCCUCACGGCUUGCUCCAUCGCAGACAGGUUACAUCUGAGGGCAGCGAGAGCGGAUGCUUCUGAAACCCUUCCUCCGGAGUCAACUCUCUAAAGCCUCCGAUUGUGCGAUAGAUCACUCCGGCAGUGAUGGAGGCUACCGAGGCAAAUCUUGCGGCGCUCACGCCGUCUUACUCCCUACGGCAACGCCGCUAGCUCCCUCCCCUGCGCUACAAAUCCACAGUUUAGUAUCCCGAACUCACGAUGAUCCACGCGAGGCGCAGCCGGAUACGACGCACAUCCAUUCAGUCAUAGCAUAUCGAGUCCGCACGAGUAACGCGAACGUUGACCGAACUUGCAAACUGUCCCUACCCCUCCACGUCAAACCGCUUCCGUAACCCCCUUCGUCUCUGUGUCCCUACCCUGGAUUCCUAAUGAAAUAUCUCCACCUCCUAUGGUCUUACACCCAUUCUGUCCUUUCG